GGCAGCAGCGCUCUGCGGAUGAUUCCUGGUUUGUUAAACCAUGAUUGGACAGACUGUGUCACGUUGGCCGUGAAGCUGUCAGUCCGAUGCUGCACCAUUGUUCCCUGAGCAGCCGGAAGGAGUGCAUGUUAAAGCACUGUUGUUAUAUGCGACAAUUGUGCCGGUAUUUCCAAUAGCUUCCUAAUCGGGAAAUCCGGUAGCAGUUUUUAAUGAUCUCACAGCGGUGGGGGAUUUCCGCAGAGGAAAACUGGUUUAGGGAAAAUUGGUGAAGUCCAUUGAGAGAGGGGCGUCAUUGACUGGCUGGAUACUGAUGAGAGUAACGAAAUGAAUGAACAAAGGCGGGUCACUGCAGUGUAAUAUAUUUUGCUAAAGGUACAGAUGCGGCGGACCAUGAGUGGAAUACUGAAGAGGAAAUUUGAGGAGGUGGAAGCCUCCUCCUCCCCGUGCUCUUCCUUGCGGGAGUCUGAUGAUGAGGUCUCCUGCAGUGAGAGUGGGGAUAGCGGUGACAGUGUCAAUCCCGCUGCCUCAGGCCCUUUCACCCCUGACUCGAUAUUGAAGAGAGAGAAGCGCCUGCGGACGAGGAGGGUGCAUUUUGACAAUGUGACAGUGUACUACUUCAGCCGGCGGCAGGGCUUCACUAGCGUGCCCAGCCAGGGAGGCAGCACGCUGGGCAUGUCCAACAGGCACAGCUGGAUCAGGCAGUACUCCCUGGGUGAAUUUGCAGUGGAGCAGGAGAGGAUCCACAGAGACAUGCUCAGAGAUCACCUGAAGGAGGAGAAACUCAAUUCAAUCAAACUCAAGCUGACUAAGAAUGGCACGGUGGAGUCUGAAGAGGCCAACACACUUACGGCAGAGGACAUUUCUGAUGAUGACAUCGAUCUGGACAACACAGAGGUAGAUGAGUACUUCUUCCUGCAGCCUCUCACUACUAAAAAGCGCAGGGCACUGCUGCGCUCCUCUGGGGUAAAGAAGAUUGAUGUGGAAGAGAAACAUGAUCUGCGGGCGAUCCGGAUGUCCAGAGAAGACUGCGGCUGUGAUUGCAGAGUCUUCUGUGACCCAGAGACCUGUGCCUGCAGCCUUGCAGGGAUCAAGUGCCAGGUGGACCGUAUGUCAUUUCCAUGUGGCUGCACAAAAGAGGGCUGCACCAAUUCAACCGGGAGAGUGGAGUUUAAUCCCAUCCGUGUUCGUACCCAUUUCUUGCAUACCAUAAUGAAGCUGGAACUGGAGAAGAGCCGUGAGCAGCAGCAGGCGUCCCCCACCAACGGUUACCAUAGCGAAACUAACGACCUGGGGGCCGGAAACCCUCUGGUUCAGUCCCAGCACAGGUUGGAGUACUCUCUGUCAGACGCCGUUCCACAGACGGCCAGCAUGCACCUGCAGGCUGCCGACGAGAUGGAGGAGACGCUAGAUGAUGAAGACGAGGAAGAAGAUGAAGAUGAGGAGGAAGAGGAGGAGGAGGAGGAGGAAGAGGAGAACGAAGAAGAUGAUGAGGACGAGGAGGAUAGCAGCAGUGUUUGCAGUGGACUGUCUGACUCCAGCACCCAGAGCUUAGCCAACAGCGACUCUGAGGAUGAGGAGGAGGAGGAGGAGGAGGAGGAUGCAGAUGAAGAGAAGUCUAAAAACUUUCAGGGCGACAUGACUACCCUGUCAGUGUCUCGGUCUGAAGUUGUCCCCUUGCCCUCUGUGCUGUGUUACAGCGAUGGCUCUGUGGCUCAUGACAACCACAUGAACGGAAACACAUAUUUAAUGAACUCCUCUUCAGCUGAGUACUAUCAGCUGGGGAGCCCCAGUGCCGUCUCUGAUGGCCAAACCAGCCAACCCAGUGAACCCUACGGGGAAGCCUUAGCAUUCCAAGAUCCAGUCAGCACGACCAACGGCAGUGCCGCCCAAGGACAAUUCAACAUGUCUGCCGAGCAGUACACAGACUACUCUAAUCAGGCUGAGGAACAAUACUCAGCUAAUCACCACUUCACUCUGACCAACGGCGCUCCUGCCGCCCCCUUGACCUGCUAUACACCUGAUCAGGACAAGAAGGCGUUGUCCAAAGCAGCGUUUGUGGAGCAGCCUGACACCCAGAACCAGACGCAAUAUCAGAACUACCUGAACAAUAACACCCAGGGUUCCUACAGCAGCUCAUGUAUAACAGCGGAAGAGCCACAGCAAGAGUCCGGUGUUAAUGGCCAUUCUGACCUGACCCUACUAGGAAACAACACUAAGAACCUCCCUUUACCAGACCAUUGCCCCGAGGUCACAGCCAUUUAGUGGGCCUCGCCUUUGAAAGCGUUCUUUCAUUAUUACGUCUUUACUUGAGCCUGACCAAGUGGUAUUUUAAGGGAACAUAAUCAUGGCCUUGUUUUGCAUUAUCUGACCUUACACUUUAAAGCAAUUUACAGCACUGCAGUACAUUUUUAUCUGUAACUAUAAAGCCAUAAGGUCAUGAUGGAAAUGUUUUAAUUAUUCGCUUCUGAAAGUUUCUCCACUACAGCGUGUGCUUUACUGCAAGAUGGAACAAAUGAAAAAAAACAUUUUAUAACAUCAGUUAUGUCAUGCCGUGCAAUGUAUCUUGUAAUUUCAGAUGUAAAGUUCUAGUUUUAAGCAGAUAUUGUACUGUAGAUGGAACUUUUCUAUGUCUACUGUAUGUGUCAAAUGUGCAAAAAAGGUUUAUUGUCAGUUUAUUUAUUGUUUCUGAAUUAUGUGUACACUUAUAUAUUGUAAAUGUUUUGAUAACAUUACGCAUGCUGUUUUGGGAAUCUCA